AUGAGUUGUAGUGUGAAGCAGACAACUGGCUCUCUCAGGGGCAGGACCAGCGGGGGCAGCUGCGUGAUUGGUGGCGGUGGUGGUGGUGGAGGAGCCCGGGUCUCCUCAGUCUCCUCUGGAAGAUACACGACUUGCGGGAUAGGUGGUAGCCGAGGGUUUUCUGGUAGAAGCUACUGUGGUGGUGUGAAUUACGGAGGAGGGCUGAGCACUGGCAGUGUGGUUGGUGGCAACUAUGGAGGUGGCUUAGGAGCCGCUGUGCUCGGCGGCUGUUCGGGCAUUGGGUUCAGCGGUGGCAGCGCGCGCUUUGGCGGUGGCAUCGGAGGUGGCAUUGGUAUGGGUCUUGGUGGAGGGGUAGUUGGAGGUGGGUUUGCUGGUGAUGGCAUUCUUCUUUCUGGUGACGAAAAGGUCACCAUGCAGAACCUUAAUGACCGCCUGGCUUCUUACCUGGACAAGGUGAGGUGCCUGGAACAAGAAAAUGCUGAUCUGGAGUGCAGGAUCAGGGAGUGGUAUGCCAAGCAGGGCCCUUUUUGUGAGCCCCGGGACUACAGCUGCUAUUAUAAAGAAAUAGAAGAUCUUCAAAAUCAGAUUGUCUGUGCGACCAUAGACAACAACAAGAUCAUCCUGAACAUCGAUAACAGCAGGAUGACGGCUGACGACUUCCGAGUGAAGUACGAGACGGAGCUGGCCCUGCGCCAGAGCGUGGAGGCCGACAUCAACGGCCUGCGCCAGGUCCUGGACCAGCUGACGCUCUGCAGGUCGGACCUGGAGGCCCAGCUGGAGUCGCUGCGGGGGGGGGCCUGGUGCCUGAAGAAGAACCACGAGGAGGAAAUGAGUUGUCUGAGGAAACAAUCGACUGGAGAUGUGAGUGUGGAGGUCAAUGCCUGCCCGGGCCCAGACCUCAGGAAGAUCCUGGAGGAGAUGAGGUGCCAGUAUGAGACGCUGAUCGAACGCAAUCGCAAAGAAGUUGAGGAUUGGUAUGAGUGCAAGAUUGAGGAGGUGAAUCGGGAGGUUAUUACAAGCGGUCAGGAGGUGGAGACGUGCAACAACCAGGUCACUGAACUGAGACGCCAACUGCAAGCCCUGGAAAUCGACCUCCAGGCUCAGCUCAGCCAGAGGGACAACCUGGAAUCCUCGCUGGCUGAGACAGAGUGUCGCUACAACAACCACCUGGCUGAGCUCCAGAGCCAGAUCACGUGCGUGGAGCAGCAACUGGCUGAUCUGCGAGCAGAAAUGGAAUGUCAGAACCAAGAGUACAAGAUCCUGCUGGAUGUCAAAUGCCGCCUGGAGCAGGAGAUCCACACGUACCGCUGCCUGCUGGAGGGUGGGCAGCAGGACCUCAUUCAGCAAGGAGGAAUUGGCCAGUCUGCGGGUCUAGGAGGAGGAGUUGCAAGAGCAAGUGGAAUAGGAGGAGGAGGAAUCAUUAGAACAAGCCACACUUACACUUCGUCUUCCCAGAUGCCGUCCUGUGCAGCUGCGGAGAUACAAGUGCCUUGCAGAAGGAUUUGUGAUUAA